AUGGUUUUAGCAACAGCCUACGCGGCACUCGAGCCGUACCUUGACAUCCCCUUCAAUGCGUCCCUCAGCGCUAUCCUCCUCCUCACAUACCGCUGCCUCAUCUCCAAACCCGGCGUCCUCCUCACAACCGUAUUUAUCACCAGCGCUGUUAUCGCCAUCUUUGACCGCACCUCCACCAAAGGCGAAAUGAUCAAGACUAUGGCCGAACUGCCCCUUGGCCUCGGCUCCGUGCUCCUCUUCAUUGUUGCCAGUAGACCGGUAAAAGAGCGGUGGUUGCACGCCUUUACCAUUUAUGUCAACUUUGCCGUCUACGGUAACAUCGUCAUGAUGGUCGCAACUCCAUCUGGAGACACCUUUCGUGGUCUUUGCUGCAAGGUUGCUUGUCUCGCGCUGUCUGCUUGGAUCAUCCUACAAGGUUACAGGGUGAAGUGGAAAACCAUCUUGCUCCACGACAAUCUCUUCGUCUUCACCGCGGCAUCGAAGAGCUGGGUAUUCGCACAUGCCGUCUACAGAUUCAUCUUACUCACGCUGCCGUGCUUUGGAUCGGGGAGGCGCCACAGGUUGUUGGAGGUGUAUUCUCUGGGUCUGACAUACUUGUUGUCGCUGUCUACAGGACUGCCGUUCGAGUAUUGCUUUGGCAUGGCUGAUACGAUGGUUGCACCGGCUGUUACGGCAUGGUCGUCGAUUUCAAAGACUUUUAGUCUGAUUCCACGUGAUGGAGGAAAAGGCCAGCCUGUGGGCAGCAUCACUGCUACCGGUGAUUUAUAUCUGGGGAUCGUUGCGCUGGUCGUCGCUGUGUAUGCCUGCCUCAAGAUGGCAUUUCCGGGCCAUCCAGAAUCUAAGCGUAUGAGAUAG